UUAAACUUAAAGGUAAAUAGUUGAAAAAUAGAAAUUCCCGACCGUACCGGCAGAUACAUAAAUUUUUAUUGCUGUAUGGUCGAACUAUUUUAAUGCCAGACAUGCUAAAUUGCUAAAAUGAACACGAUCAAGUUAUUUGUUCGGUGGAGAAGUCCUUCUAUACUCUUAAGCCGAACUAUCACAACAAAGAAGAAAUUACAUGAUCCAAGUGAAGAUGAACAGUUACCAAUAUUCCAGUAUCCAAUUAGCAAAAGUUCAGACAGAAGAGUAUAUGUAUGGGGUCUAGCUGAGACUGGGGCCCUUGGCAUACAUCUGCCAAGAAGCAAGAAAUCUGGCAAGAAAGCUUACCGGAAUAACUUUAAUUUAGUUUGGCAUCCUAUGAGGUCUAGUUUCUGUGAGAGAUUUGAUGUAACAAAGUUAGCAUGUGGUUACGGCUUCACUGUGGCAGCAGUGAAGACCAAUGAACAGCACAAAGUGUUUGGCACAGGUAUCAACACAGAUUCACAGAUUGGAUACCAUUCUCCUAGGAUUGGGCACCCCCUGGAAAUGCUACUAAGCCCUGCACCUAUUUAUAUACCAUAUACUUCCUUAGAAACUAAGAUAACAGGCUUAGCAGCUGGCAGAGCACAUACGCUUAUACUAACGGACAAUGAGGGUGUUUACACACUGGGUAACAAUGCAUAUGGCCAGUGCGGAAGGAAAAUAAACCCAAACGAGGAGUACAGAGGCAGCAUGGCCUCGCAUAACAUUAAAAGGCUAGGGAAAGAGAAAAUUGUUGAUGUUUGCUGUGGACAGGAUCACAGUCUUUUCAUCACAGAGAGUGGUAGAGUGUACGCUUGUGGGUGGGGUGCGGACGGUCAGACGGGGCUGGGUGCGUACACCAACCAGGGCUUCCCUGCACUCGUCAAGGGGGACAUCACCAGUGAGAAGAUCGUCAAAGUGGCUUCCACAGUGGAUUGCGUGCUUGCUUUAAAUGAUAAAGGAGAGCUCUUUGGCUGGGGUAACUCAGAGUAUGGUCAAGUGCCGACUUUGAACAAUCAGCAGCAGGUGAACAUGUCCUACGCUUUGGUCCAAUUCACCAAGGGCUUGGGGAAAAUAGUGGACAUAGCGGCCGGUGGAUCGUUUUGUCUUAUUUGUAAUGAACAAGGUGAUGUGUUUGUAUGGGGCUUUGGUCUACUAGGACUCGGACCAAACGUGCAACAAUCAACAAAACCAAAACAAGUGCCAGCACCAUUGUUUGGAAGAAAUGAAUUCAAUCCUGACUCUAUGAUCACCAAUGUUGCCUGUGGCAUUGGUCAUUUAGCAGCUAUCACGAAUAAGGGAGACCUUUAUAUGUGGGGCAGAAAUAGGCAUGGGUGUUUAGGGUUAGGUCACGAUAAAGAUCAGCAUUUUCCGUUGAAAAUUGGCAUCGGUGCCCAUGUUUUGUCCGUUAAAUGUAGCGUUGAUCACACUGUUGCAAUGUGUAAACCUUUCACAUAGAUUUUUAGUAUUUAGAGCAAAAUUAAGGCUAGAAAUAAUAAACUGUAGCACAAAUUUA